AGAGGAAUCUGGGGCCUAUCUAUCUAUCUGUUACCAUGGAGAGUCUUUAUCUUUUCCAAACCAAUCCCAACUAAACUCCACGUCCUAAAGUCUUCUUUCCCUCCGACGCUAUCGCUCCCUCACCUCAACUUCGCCGCCGCUCGUGGCCGCUCCGGUAGCUGCCUACGCUCCUCUUCUGCUUCACAGACGACAACUUGGAAAUUUGUUGAUCAUCAUUCUUCUCAACCCGCAGAUGGGUGGGUGUCCAAGCCCCAUCCCCAUUUUUUCACACAGCUUAUCCAAAUUAUAUCCAACCGACCAAAGGUGAUAACAGUAACCCCAAGUGCAAUAGUGCUUCUUUCGGCCUUUUGCUUGUUUUUCAUCCAUCCACUAAGUGCUUUUGCUAGCAGCUUUCAAACUGCAGCCAAGUCUGGAGGAGGGGGUCUUCUUGUUCAUGCUGAAAUACUAAACAGUGCAUGGACCGGCUUCUUAGCUGGCUGCCUACACACAUUGUCAGGUCCUGAUCACCUUGCAGCUCUGGCUCCGCUAUCCAUAGGACGAACACGGAUGGAAAGUGCAGCCGUAGGAGCUCUCUGGGGUUGUGGCCACGAUGCAGGGCAGUUACUCUUUGGCCUCUUGUUUCUACUCUUAAAAGACAGGCUCAGCCUCCACAUUGGACUUCUCGAAACCUGGGGUACAAGAGUUGUCGGUUUUACUCUUCUUGUGAUUGGAGCAAUGGGGAUAAGGGAAGCAUAUGAAAAUGAAAAUGGGGAGUUUGAUGUUAGCUUACAAGGAGGCUUUGAGACUGCAGCGGCGGCCAUUGGGAAGAAGAACAAGGUUGGGUUCGCAACGUUUGCCACUGGGAUCGUUCACGGUCUGCAACCCGAUGCACUGAUGAUGGUGGUGCCGGCUCUUGCCUUGCCUUCACGCUUCGCCGGCGCCGCAUUCUUGUUUAUGUUCUUGGCCGGAACUGUUAUAGCAAUGGGAAGCUAUACUGCGUUCUUAGCUUCAUGUAGUCAGGCCCUCAAGGAUAGAGUCCCUCGAAUAACCGAGAAGCUUACUUGGGCGUCCUCGCUAGUAGCAAUUGCUCUGGGGUUUGCUAUUCUAGCCGGUCCAUAUUUUGGUUUCAGUUUGUAUUAAUUAAUUAAUUUCAAUUACCCACUAUAAUUUGGUUGUCUUCCAUGAAGAUUAUAUCAUCUUUUUUGAAUUUGACAA